UCGAACGAAUAAGCUCGAUUGCCGUGGACACGUAAACCAUUUGUGGGUGAAGUGAAACACAUGUGUCGGCCGAGCCGUGUUUUCCACUACAGAGCGACCGUCCCGUGUUUGGUCCGUGAAUAUCUCGCGUUUAGAAAGCGAAGUCGCGGGCCAGUUGUGAUAAUUCGUGGAAAAUAUAACGCGUUCGGUUUCGAAGAUACCUAUUAACGCAAUGAGCGGCUUCUUCGAGAUGGAAUAGAACUCGUUGCAGAAGGCGGCAGUGCGUGGGUGGGUGGGUGUCUAGCGACUGCCACUCAUGUAUAUCAAAUUCCUUUUGGAAUUUCAAGCAAAAUGUGGCUGUCAAGCCAAUGAUAGUGCUCUUUCUGAUUAAAUGAUCACCUGUGUGAUCCAUGCACAUUAAUCGGCAUAUUAUCCAGAUAGUCCUAUUUGGGUUUAGAAGGAAAUAUUAGUUAAAUUUCAGAGCAACGCUGUUGUCCACUGUCAAUUUUUGCUAAUGUCAGUCUGACAGUUUUGGAACGAACAAGACCAAUAUGAUUGUAUUCCUGGCCUGUUAUCAACUCUAUUGAGUUUGAAAGAAACUUAUAUGUUUGGCCAAUUUUGACAUUAUUGUCAAACAAUUUCCUUCUGUAUCAACCAACUUGUUGCUUGGUUGUGUUAUAUAUUUUUGGUUCUACCAAGUUCUUUUGUAAGACAUGCUUUUCUUAAAAUAUGAAACAGAGGUACUUUAGCAAGCUUGUCUAUUGUCGUUCACAGAUGUAAGAGAAGGGCCUCCUUAAGGUCUUGCCUCUUUUUUUUAAUUGACAUUGAGAGGCUGAAGUAUGAAAGGUCAAGCGGAGAAAAAUGGAUAUCGGUAAAGUAUCAGCAUGCGCGAGAAGUCAGCAGAAUGUCAUGCUCACGCAGGUCACGUGAGGGGCACAACAGAAAUGUGCUCACGUGAUCCUUCUGCAUUGCACUCAACCCUUACCAAGGCAAAUGGUAAAAACUCAAGCCCUCAGCCAACUCAUCACUCAGAAACACGAAUUGAUAACAGUUUACUUCCAACUCCUGGUGGACGGUUAAAAUUCUUUAAAGAUGGAAAAUUUAUUUUGGAGUUAUCUCAUCGUAGAGACGGGGAAAGAACCACGUGGUUUCCAGUUCCAAAAAAAACAUUUUGGCCACCAGCUAGCACAACUCCAAAUAGGCAGGAAAGUUCCACUUCUCUUAGUGUCUCUGAUGAUAAUUCGUCGGUUCAGUCAAGUCCUUGGCAAAGAGAUCACUGCUGGAAGCAAGCAAACCCAAGACGUAGGAUAUCUACGGAGUUUAAUUUUUAUUAUUAUAGAAAUCCAAGAAACCGUCUGUGUGCACAUCCUCGCUUAAUAGCAAGAAAGCGUAGACGUCCGUUAGAUCCUACUUCUCACCUACUUGUUCCAGAAUCAGUAACAAAUUAUAUUAAGCUAACACGAAAGGCGAAUGGUACACCAACUGGAAAAGUUUUAAAUAUAAUCAUCGACAAAUUAGCGCGCCUUCUAGAUCCUAAUGUCGUUUCACCUCGCAAACGCAUUCUGCGCGAAUUGGAAAGAGUAUCGUUAGAAGACCAAGCGUCUAAAAGACGCGCGACACCACAGCCUGUUUGUACAACGAGUGCUCCAACACCAUCACCCAAACAACUAUCAUCGUACAGCAUAACAAGUAUCUUGGGAGAAGAUAAGCCGAGUCAUGAGCAAGGCUUUCUAAGGAAUUUGUUGAAGCCAGAUGAUAGACAAACUGUGAAAUACUCAUCAGGUAACUCGUACCCCAGGGUACGGGUGGACCCCUACAUUGGUACCACAAAUACACCUCUUCAGCACCCACUGUAUGGUGUGCCAAUGUUACCUCCUGGACCAUAUAGAGCACCCUUAUGGAUGCAUUAUCCAUCGCCCGUCCAUUAUCCACCUACUAUGCCAUUGUAUGCACCACCACCACCUCAUCCCCCAUCUCCUCCAGUUCAUCAUUACAAAGACUACAGGGAACAAACUCUUACACCUCCUUCAGAUAUGCCUCUAAAUCUGUCGAAGCAUGCGGGUUGAAUCUCAGGAUCCUAAAAGUUGGUGCCUUAUGAAUGGACAAAACUGCGUAAACACUGCCCGUGCAACGACAAUGCGAUAUAUUAGUAUUUUUUUAUCCAUAAACAAUAGUAUCGUAGUAAGUAGAAACAUGCAACCAGAGGGACAAAGUCUGGGUGCUAUACUUGUACAUAGAAAUGCAUAAACCGUCAGAGUUGGCAUAGGUAUUUUAUAUUAAUAUUAAAUUAAAUCAUGAGUAGUAUUAUGCAAUUUUAAUUGUAAUUUAAACUAUGUAUGUAUUACAUAAUUGAAAGUAUGUACGUAUAAUCCUUUACAAUUGAUGUGCUCACUAUUUUUUUUUCUGUUCAGUUUCAGAAAAUUAAAAAUGUUAAUUAUUUAAAUAGAGGCGUGAAUGUGUUCACCGUGAAAUUUGUUUUAUAUUUCAAAUUAUUUUUACUACUCAUGAUUCGAACACCGUGAUGAAAGGAAAAGAGCAUGUUCUCAUCUUAUCUUGUUAUUCUUAUUAAUGUUACUGUCAUUAUUAUCAUUAAUAAAUGAUACGACUAUCCAUUUUAAAAGAUUCAUAAGAAAGACAUAGAAUUAUGUACAGAACAGAUUAUUACCUAUAUUUAGUAUAAAUAAUUAUUCCUAUGAAUAGAAAUAUGAUAAUAAAUUUAGGUUAAUAGCAUCCACAACAGUAUACAUUUAUUUAUAUAAUAUUAAUGAACAAAAUUGCUUGGUAAAGACCGUGGGGUGUGCCUUAAAUGAUUACCUAAAUUACAAGAAUGCUAAAUUAUAAACAUUGUCACGGACAUGUAUUAUUAUUAUUACUACUAUUACUACUAUUACUAUGUACAUAUGAAUAUAACUUUGCGUUACGUAUUUGCAUCAAAUCGACAUAUUCGUCACUAUUUAUUAUUAGUCAGGCGCAUUACCAAACGUUUUACGCGAAAGGCAAACUCUCACACAGGCUCUACAAACUAGUGAGUAAUUUCAACUAUUCAUUUACAUACACUUCUUUUUUUAUUAAUUGAAACUGAUGAAAUAUGUGACUGCGUGUAAGCAAUUGUAUAGAAAGACUAAUUUCGUAAAUA